UCUUGCUAACUCUCAAUUGCAUCAUUAUAGCAUUUCCAAUGAUGUGUAUUGUAUGUACCUUAUGUCAUAACAGACCCUAUUCAUUUUUAAACCCACUCCACUCGGAAAAAUAAAAGGUUGCAUAAACAAACAUUUUUACGGUUUGGCCUUACUGAGAAUGUGGGCACGGAAGAUAGGAUGCUUAAGGGUAAUGUGGUCACACAAGAUGGGAAGCCGGUAUUGAAUUUUGUUGCUUAUUCCACAGCAUAGAUGUUGGCACAACUGUCUGAAUCCAAACUAUUAUGUCUGUAUAAAGAAUUAAACAAGUUCACAUUCUACUAAAUAAUGGACUUUUUUGGGUUAGAGUUCUCAUAUUUAUCCAGGGGAGAAGUAAGCUUAUACAACACCUAAAUCAUAUGGCAGACCACAGCCUCUCACUUUUUUACCAGGCCAUUUCCAGUAAGAGAAUUAUCCGCUUUGACCAGCAGUUACAUGAACCAUUCUAUGACAUCAAGGAGUCCUGCAAGCCUUUCCCAUAUAAUCAUUGUUUUUAUCAAUACCAUUUUAAUGUGUGGGUUUUUCCAUAUUUUGUGUCAAGGCAAAAGGAGUGUACUAUUUCAAAAAAGUUUGACAAGCAUUGGUCUAAAAUGAUAGUCCCUGGCACCUUCAUUGUACAAUACAAUUUUCUCAACUUGCCUGAUACGCUGCCAUCAUUUUUAUUUUUUAGUUGACUUGUCAACAGAAGCCGUGUACGGUAUAAAUAUUUUGUGUCACUAAAUAAGUGACCCGCGAUGAACAAAAAAAUUAAGAAUUUAGGGAUGCAAGCAACGCCAUAAGACGAAAUAUUUUCACACCUCACUGAAAUCCACGUCACCUACGAUUUAUUUUGAAAAUCGAAAACCUGGGGAAUUUUGAUGUUAUUUUUCAACAUUGACCAAUCAGAUAUUGAUAAAAUAAAUCACGUGAUAUCCCAGACAUUUUUCAAGAAUCUGAAAAAACUAUCAACCCAGAAGUGUUUUUUGAACAAAAAUCCACCUGCAACAAAACUUUUCAGAAAUUCUGAAGAUAAUGGCUGCACAGGACAUGAAAAAUGUAUUUGCAAGAGAAGAAUUAGAAGCGAACGUAACAAAGUACAUGGAAAACGACGAGCAUCACAAAUCUCUUUCGACUUUGGAAAAGCUUCUGCCUUUGCAGUCCAACACUUGGAGCAAAAUUUCAACAAAGCUCAAAAUAAUUGAAUGCCAGGUGGCGCUGGAACUCCAUCGUCCUGCAGUGAGAUCAUUGGAUGAAAUAGUGCACAUGGCAGUACAGGCAAACAUCAACUUCAAUGAUGUGAUUUCUGCAGUAGACAACUUAUUUGAGACAAAGAAUUCUAACAUCCAAGGAUUCGGUAUGUGUUACUUGGCGAGCAAAUUGUGCAGGGCUACCACUACUGGGGAUGAUGCGGUACGUGGAAUAGGCAACUGCGUGAAAAAAAUUAGAAAGUCUGUAGCAUUCACAAUCGACUCAAAUCGGGAACCAAAUAGCCGAUACAUCAAGAUUUUGACUGGCCUCGACUCAAAUCGGGAACCAAAUAGCCGAUACAUCAAGAUUUUGACUGGCCAUAUCAUUCCCGCUCUCAAAGAAAUCCUGGAUGACAUGAAUAAGAUUGAGGAUUCUACUAAAAAAAUGCUAAUAGAAGAAAAUGCUUGGUGUCUGUUGCAUAUAGCAAAAUGCUUUUAUUUUGCCUCCGAUUUCAUAUCUGCAAAGAUCUUUAUCAACAAAUCCAUUACUCUGCUGAAAUCAGAAUUUAAAGAUAAUGCUGGAAAAUACCAAGUGCUUGGUCAGUGUUAUUUGGAUAUGGGCCUGAUACUUGAAAAAUCAGAUUGGAAAAAGGCUGCUGAGAAAUAUAAGGAAAGCGUAAUUUUUCUGGAAGAAGCAGAAGAUUUUGACAGUGACGGAGAUAAACGCCAACAAAUUGAAAGUGCGACUAGGAAACUUACACAUGCUGAAAAAACAUGCAUAAUCUUGUAAAUCAGGACAUCUUCAUUCAUAUUGUGAAAAAGCACAAAAACUGAGAAACUUUAAUUGCAAAAAAACAAUUCUUGUUAUGUUAUGCUAUCAAUUGUGGUUAUGCAGGACCAAUUCCUUAUCCUUCUUAUAUGGUUUUGUGUUGGUUGUGUUGGUCACUACAUUGUCAUAAAAUAUUACAUCAUGCACCAUGAACGGGAGAAUGUAUGUUUGCUUAUUGGCAUACGAUUUCUUCAUUAACAUUGUAUGACCUGGCUACCAAUGUCUAAAUUAUUUGGAUGAAACUAAAUUUAAAUUCAUUAAUUCCAAACGAUUUUUUUUUAUUAGAAUUUGAGUGAAAUCAUGACUUUCAUUACAAAAAAUACAAACAUCACAAAAAAAAAUGCAAAUGUGUAAUUUAUUUCCAGCUUAUAUUGACUCUACUGCUCUAUGUCACUAGAACAUCAUUUUAAUACAGAUAAAUGCAUGAUAAAUAUGGCUUGAAAGUCUGCUUAUUUGUCGGUUAUAUAGGAGUUAGGUGGGCAUAAAAAACGUAACUACUGGCAUAACUCCAUCCUACUCCGAUUUAAUAAGAAACAUGUUUCAUCAAUAACUCUCUAUGAAGAAAAGAGUCAUAUGUCAGAAUCGCAUUGCAAAAAUAUGGCUUAAAAAAAAUUGAGAAAUCAAUCUCGACCUUCGGCGGUCAAUAACAAAACUAAAAAAGGAAGCGAUAUGAAAUUUUUGGCUGAAACGGUUCGAAUAAUUUACUUUUCGAUUCCAAAUGCUCAGAACUGGAGUAUAGUAAUCGAGAUAUUUUCAGUAUUCUGUAUGUAUUCUAUUAAUUUUGAAUUGAUUUAAAUUAACUCUGAAAAUAUAUCAUAACUAGAGCAUUGUUCAAAGCAAGCACCUAAUAAGAAAAAUACAUAAACCAGUAAUAUUUUGCCCAAACA